ACUCCUUAGCCUAUAAAUCAACUUCCCAAAAUCAAAAUUUCAAAAUCCAAAAACCUCAGCAUACACAAAUGUUCGAUAUAAAUUCUAUUUAUGAAAACCUAGCCAAACAGAAGGACGCAGAGCUCCAAGAUGAGAUCAAAGUGCUGAAGAAGACAGUUAAUAGUUGUUACAAGUACUUUACAGAGAUGGAUAAGAAGUUCCAUGAAGCGUUUGUUAAUAGUGAGAAUGAAGAGUUGAGGAGACUAGAAGCACAGCUUUCAGGUUUUACGCAGUGUGUGAGUGGUAAGAGUCAGGAGAGAGGGAGGAAGGAGCCAGGAACGAGGAGAAGGAGAUCUAGCUCGAAGGGAAAGAGGAGACCGAAGUUACAGAAGAUUGAGGGAGUUCAGACACCCAGUAGUCCGUUCUUUGAGUUUGUUAAUGAUAAUAGGCCAAAGAUGAUGGAGGAAGACCCUACUUUGUCUGCACCUGCGAUUUUGAAGGAGUUAGGAAAGCAAUGGAAAACUCUUUCUCAGGAGCAAAAGGAGUACUACAGUAAGAAACAUGCUGGAAUAAAAGAGGCAUAUCUUUCUGCUAAGGCAAAUCUCCCUGAAGGCCAAGAUACUGAAAUGGCUGAUCUUUCUCAAGCUUCUGCUUCUCUGAGUUACAACUAUACCCCUCUGAAUGCCCAAAUGCAAUAUUCUCCAGACCUAGUAACCCAGUUGCAUUCAUCUCACCCUCUAGGCCCUACUUAUAAAAAUACUCAUUAA